CAUUUCAUUCGUAGACAGGUGAUACUCAUUGAGUACGAUUCAGCUAAAUGUCGGGUUUAACAGACGCUUGCAACAUAAUUGGUAAACAACGCCGUUUUCUUACACUGAUGAAGCGAGUCUUUAUUCAAGCCAACAAAACCUGCAAUACUUUUCGUUUAAAGUGUUAUUAUGGGUGGAAGGGACUAUUGCUGUGUCGUUGGUUGUGUAAACAGACGAUCUAAAUCAAAGCUACCAUUUCAUGGUAUUCCUAAAAAGCCUGAACAUCGAAGGAAAGCCUGGAUUAAAGCAUCCGGACGACAGUGCCAUGGAAAACACAAAUUUAUUGUCACAGAAUAUACUCGUAUUUGUGGUGCACAUUUUGUGAAUGGUGUUAAGAGCAAUAAUCCUUUGGACGUUGACUAUGUGCCAACAGUUAAUUUGCCAAGGCCUAUAUCAUUGACCCCUGUGGUAGAACGAGCUACAACAACCAGUAAGAUGGCAAAGUCAUACAGUGAUGCGGUGCAGAAUGCAAUUAACCGGAAGAAAGCUUCAAACAAAUAUUGUGCUCGUAAAAAACUGAUCUUAUGUGAGCCAGAUAUUGACGAUGUGCAUAUGGAAGUAGAGGUUGGGUUGCCAGCAACACAAAGCCAGAGCGACUACGAAUUUGUUGUUCGGGGGCUAGAAACAAACGAUGCAUCGGUACCCAAGUAUGAAGACCAUGUAUAUGCAAAAGCAGAGUGUCCUAGACAGCCUCGGUUAGCUUCAACAUCAACCAGUGUCCAGACCGAAGAUCAGUCAUACUGCCACGAUGAACACAUCUUUAAGGCACGUCCUAUAACAGAGACUUAUGUCCAGACAGACUUAAAUGCAAAAUGUGAUAAGACAGUUCAGAUUGACUCUUUUGAUGGUGAUAUGUGUAAGAAUUUGACUGAAAUCAAACAGAAAAACCAGAUGAAAAACAUAAAAACUUUAAAGGAAAAAGUGACAGACCUGUCCAAGGAAUGCACUGAACUGAAGAGGAGAGUGUUCUCAUCUUCAAAUAUGCUUCAUUCCAAUGACCAGGUCCAGUUUUACACUGGACUUCCAAAUUUAGAGACUUAUAAUGCACUGUUUAAUUAUUUACAACCAAAGGCACUAAAUUUGACUUAUUGGCGAGGCAAAAGCAUGACAAAAACUCGUUCGAGACUAGGGGGCACAAAACUGUCUCUUGAAGAACAGUUCUUCAUGACUUUGGUUAGACUCCGGCUCAAUCUGUCAGUUGAAGAUUUAUCUGACCGGUUUGGUGUCUCUGUUGGAACAAUAUCAUCAGUUUUCAACACAUGGUGUCGAUUUUUACGCCUGGAACUAGAAGACCUUUUCCCGUACCCUACCGCUGAACAGGUUCAAAGGAAUGUGCCUUCUUCAUUUUCCAAAUACCCAAACACCAGAUUAAUUAUUGACUGUACAGAAAUAUUUGUUCAAAAACCAUCUGCUCUGAAAGCACAGCGUCAAACCUGGUCCAACUACAAGCAUAGAAACACACAUAAAAUUUUGGUAGGAAUCACACCUGAUGGAACUGUUGUAUUUAUUUCCUCAUUGUUUGGUGGGUCUGCGUCAGAUAAAUUUAUAGUAAAGCAUAGUGGACUUUUGAAACUGAUUGAAGUAGGUGACAAUAUAAUGGCAGAUCGUGGUUUUGACAUUCAGGCACAGCUGUCUAAACUAGGUGCUCAUCUGAACAUGCCACCAUUCCGCAGUGGAAGUUACCAAUUGACUCCUGAACAGGUGGAGGAGACACGGCGAAUUGCAGAAGUUCGUAUUCAUGUGGAGCGAGCAAUACAGCGAAUAAAGACAUUUUCCAUAUUGUGUGGAACAAUGCCAAUUACUCUGCACAUGGUUGCGGAGGACAUAUUUAAAACAUGUGCAUACCUGACAAACUUCCAAACACCUAUAUUGAAAUCUGAGUAAUAGAGACUGUUUUUAGUUGUCAUCUACACAAACUUGUUGUUUGAUGUUAAGAAGUAAUAGAAUUAAAAAGUUAAUUGCUGUUGGUUUUUUCAACUUGAGUUCAAGAGUAACAAGAAUGAUGCUUAUGGUGGUGAUGAUUAUUUAUACAUUGUGAUGAUGUAUACUGUAAUGGGGGUAAUAAUGAUACAUGUAAAUGAUUAUGAUACACAAUGAUGAUGGUGAUGAUUUGAUAAAAACAUAUUCCUACCCCUUUUGAUUUA